CGCGAUUGUUGGCGGUCAUCGCAAGCAUACCAUCCCAGUUAUCCGGCCACUUGAUGUGGCCACCGAUUUAUUGAGGUGGCCGGUUUAGCGGUCCUAUCGUUUCCACAAAUAUCAGUCUCUGAAGGCCACCGCAGCAAAGAUCCGUUUAAACAGUUGGCCACUUUUGGUUGGUCACACUGUCAGCCCUUAUCACGAGGCCGAACUGCUCGAGGGGCGCAGCGAGCAAUUCAUCGCAGUGAUAACGAGCUAAAGACUGCAACUGCUGCAUCAGCUGUUAUCUUGCGACUCGUAAUUCGAUUAACGACAGAAUUCGGAAAUACAGAAUUCCGAAUUUGGGAUUAUCACGAAAAACCAGACUCGAUUCUAUACUGAUUCUGCACCACAACUUCUAUUUUUGAUCGUCACCUGUUUUUUCUGUCCGUCUGCCGAUUUCCACAAUCAUGUACAAGCUGAAACCGGUGGUCCCAGUGCCUUUGUUGAUUGAGAGCACAUGCCGCAUGUACAAGCUCAAAGACUUACAACAGAUGUCGUUCUCCAGAGUGCCGAUGAGCGACAAGUGUGACGAGGUUAGUGCCGCUGCUGUUUUCCACUUAUCUGCUAAGUUGCAGGACGUAGAUGAUGAUGCUCAAUUAUCCGAUCAAGAAAUCCGAGUACUUUUGGAAAAACAAAAUGAAGUUCUCAAAAUUUUAGAACAGCUUGAAAUCAGAUUAAGUAAAUUAGAUGUUAACUUUCCUGAUGCUAAAGACAGGGUGUCCAUCCUAGAAAAACAACAAUCAACCCAGUGUAAUGUUAAUACAAAACACGAAAACAGUUCUAAGUCUGUUGUAAAUAAUGACAUUUCAAAUCUGAUAAAAAAUGAUACAGUAGUAUUUGCUGAUCCAGAAGAUCCACCUUAUUCUAUAUUAGCUUUACCAAUCUUGUGGCCAGACGUUGCAUGGGAUAUUUCUUAUCAUGUGCAUUCAUCUGUGUUGAAAGAUUUGAAGGCGUUAGAAACCAUUAAAGCAUUCAAGAAUGUGACUUGUAUAGACACCAAGAGCCUUAUUAAAGUCUUUGUUAUAUGGCAACACAUUAAACCUAGCCCUAAAGUGGUCAGGUCUCCAACAGAUUCAUCAGUCGGUGAAGUGUCAUUGUUACGGUCAUUUAAUCAAUAUCUGGCCACUCAACCAUUGACUGCUGCUGAUCAAAUAAAAUCUGACAAGGUUUUGGAUUUAAUAAACGAAAUUGGUUGUUCGGCAAAUGAUCGAACUACAGAACUACACAACCUGAUCACAGAUUCGAAUACAAAAUUGGACAUAACAAAUAUUGCUAUUUGGUCUCUGUUGUAUAAAAAAAGUGAACAUCCAACAAAGAUAGAAAAAUGGUUAUCGCACUUCACAAAAAUUAUAAAUGUCUGAGAAAUUGUUUUUAAAAAAUAAAAUAUUUAUGUACUUAAAC